AGUGUUGGUCAGUGUGAGUGAGUGUUGGUCAGUGUGAGUGGCAGUUCACAUCAGGCAGGGGGAAUAAAGUGAUUCCAGGGAGAGCAGACAGGCAGAAGUUCUCAGUGGCAGUUGCAGGGGCUGGCUGAGCGGGACUAAUGCGCAUGCGCGGUGGCUGCUAGAAAUAAGGAGGCGGCUGGAGAGCAGAUUCAGUAGGUUUCGGGCAGUCUGGUGGGACACACGGACACACAGCAGCACUUCUGUCACAAUGACUUUGUGGGUCACCUGAGCACCUGGGAGAGACCAACCCCAUGCCAACCCCCUGUGCUACUCAUUUGGUACCUUCCUACUUACACCGAUUUUCUUCUGGGCUUAUUGCACCCCAACUGCUGGAGGGACAACGAGGGACCCCUCUGCUCACAUAGGUUUAUUCGGAGUUGGUGUCAAGUUCUCUGCUGGUCGGGCUGUUGCUGCUGAGGAUUUAACUCACCAAAGAACGUUCCUUCUGUGACCCCUGUCUGAGAAAGCCCCAACGAUGGGGAGCAAGACUCUUCCAGCACCAGUGCCAGUUCACCCAUCUCUGCAGCUCACCAAUUACUCCUUCCUACAAGCCUUCAAUGGACUCCCACUGCCAGCAGAGCAGUUGCCCAACCUGUAUGGCUUCAGUGCUUUGCAUGCAGUGCACCUUCACCAGUGGACAUUGGGAUACCCCACCCUUCACCUGCCCAGAUCUUCCUUCUCCAAAGUGCCAGGAGUUUCCAGCUUGGUGGACUCUCGCUUCCAGAUUCCAACUUUCCCCCUCUUUCCCCACAUGAUCCACCCCAAACAGGAGUCCCCAAACUUAUCCAACAAAACCAAACCAAGGUUUGACUUUGCCAACUUGGCAGUGGCAGCGACACAAGAGGAUCACUGUAAGUUGGGCCGGUUGGAUGAUCAAGGAUCUCUCUGUGCAAUGGGUGGACUUCUUGAUGUUACCAAACUCACCCCUGAGAAGAAGCCAACAAGGGGCAGGCUGCCCUCAAAAACCAAGAAAGAGUUUGUCUGCAAAUUCUGUGGGAGGCAUUUCACGAAAUCGUACAACCUUCUGAUCCACGAGAGGACACACACAGACGAGAGGCCUUACACCUGCGAUAUCUGUCACAAGGCAUUCAGGAGGCAAGACCAUCUGAGAGACCACAGGUAUAUCCACUCUAAGGAAAAACCCUUCAAAUGCCAAGAGUGCGGCAAGGGGUUCUGCCAGUCACGGACAUUAGCAGUGCACAAAACGUUGCACACGCAAGUGAAAGAACUCAAACCUUCCAAAAUCAAAUGCUGAACUGACAAGUGAGGGCGACACAAAGGAAAAUAAUAUUUUUAUUUAAACAGCAGACUCUUGCGGCCUCCCAUCAGGCACAGAAAGAAGUGGCCCACAACCUGGCACGGGGCUGGCGGAUAAAACUUGUUUUUUUUUUUUUUCCUUUGCUAUUGGGAACAUUGUGAGGAAGAGGAGAACAGAGCUUCAGUGGCGUUCAGGAUAAACUUUAUGCCAAAAGGUGGUGCUCUCAUGCUAUGGAGGAAUCUUCAGCUUCCAGAUUGUUCUGCCGCUCCAGCGCACAGCGUUUCUGGCACACUCCUCAGUGCUUGGGAAAUAAACCGUAUGAAUUCCUUGUA